ACGACUCCAACAACCCCUGCUCCGGUUGUUUUUUCGGUUUCCCAGUCUGCCAUGUUUUUCAUGCAUAUAAAGUUGAGAACAAAGAGUGUGGACCACUUUUGCUAUUUAUAAUAGCCAGGCUCUUACUUUCUGAUGCAAAUCAAAUCCUUCCCAUCACUUACUGAUCAGCUAAGCAACACUCAAAAAAUGACAUACAUCACAUCUCUCCUCAAAACCCAAUCCAAGAAUGGAAAACCAAAACAAGAAGAAACUCUCAGUGAAGAGCUUGAUGAGUUUCUCACUUCUCUUCCCAAAGAAAAAGGCUGGAGAACACCCAAUCUCUUCCUAUUUCAAGGCUAUUGGUGUCAACCCCAAGAAAUCCGAGCCAUAAUUUCGACACAAAAUCACUUUAAAGCUCAAGAUAGUGACCUGAUCCUUGCCAGCAUACCAAAAUCCGGCACCACUUGGCUAAAAGCACUCACAUUCGCCAUCGUAAACAGGAACAAAUUCAGUGUUCAACCAAAGAACCUUCAUCAUCCUUUGCUCACUCAGAAUCCUCAUGAACUUGUACCUUUCCUAGAGUACAAACUUUACGCCGAUUGUAAUCGCCUCCCUGAUCUUUCCUUGCUUUCUUCUCCACGACUUGUUGCCACCCACGUCCCUUUCGUGGCACUACCUGAUUCAGUCAAUACCACAAAUUGCAAAAUUGUGUACAUUUGCAGGAACCCUUUUGAUACCUUUGUUUCAAUUUGGCACUACCUUGGCAAAAUCAGGCCUGAAUCUCUGGGCCCUCUUCCUUUUGAGGAAGCAUUUGAUUUGUAUUGCAGGGGAGUUAUAGGGUUUGGUCCUUACUGGGACCAUAUGUUGGGUUACUGGAAAGAAAGCUUAGAAAGGCCAGAUAAAGUCUUGUUCUUGAAAUAUGAAGACAUGAAAGUAGAUAUGUGUGGCCAAUUGAAGAAAUUAGCUGAGUUUUUGGGGUUUGCUUUUACAGAGGAAGAGGAAAAGGGAGGAAUGAUUGAAGAUAUAUCAAGUCUUUGUAGCUUCCAGAACAUGAAAGAUUUACAAGUGAAUAAGAAAGGGAAAGGAGCAAUUUCAAACUAUGAAAACAGUGAUUUGUUUAGGAAAGGUGAGAUUGGAGAUUGGGUGAAUUAUUUUACCCCUUCCAUGUUUGAGAGACUUUCUAAUGUUAUGGAAGAAAAAUUAGAAGGCUCAGGGCUUACCUUCACAGUCUGUUGAAUCAAGAAACUAUUAAGUUUGCUUCCAAUUGGGUCAGUUUGGUUCAAAGAUAAGUUAUGCAUGAAUUAUAAUGUGAAGAUUAGUAUUGCAUGAAUUAAUAAUGCGUUGACUGUAAUAAGGAUUAGUAUAUGAGUAUUAUUUCUUGUAUAAUGCAAAAUAUCUGUCGUGUUUGCUAUUGUUUCGUAAAGAUUGUUUAAUGGAUGAAAGUUGUAAUGGA